CUCUUUCAUCUUCCUUUUCGUUUUGUUCUUCCUCUCUAUCAUCAGAGCUUCUGUUCAGGAUCUUACGCUCUUACACUAUGUUUGUCCAAGUACGGCAACGUAUACAAGGAACAGCACUUACUACAACAAUCUCACAACUCUUUUGUCUUUCUUCUCUUCCCGCAACGCUUCAUACUCCACAGGAUUCCAAAACGCCACAGUUGGUCAAGAACCCGACAUGGUCACCGGACUUUUCCUUUGCGGAGGCGUCUCGCCGGAAAGUUGUCGUGACUGCGUCGUCUUUGCCGUCAACCAAUCCUUAAAUCGGUGUCCGAAUCAGAGACAGGCCGUGCUAUAUUACGAUGAGUGUAUGCUCAGAUACUCUCAUCGGAAUAUUCUCUCGACCCUGCGGACGAUAGACGGAUACACCUUAUCCAGCCUCAUUAAUAUUCCAACAAACCAACAAGAGAGUUUCCGAGGAUUGGUUUUAUCCAUGAUGAACCAAGCCGCAAGGGAAGCCGCGGCUAGUUCCAGAAAAUUGGGUGCGAUAAAAGCCAACUUCAAUGCGUCUCAGACAUUGUACGGACUUGUUCACUGCACCCCUGAUCUGACUGCACAAGACUGUUCGCUUUGUUUGAAAACGUCCAUCAGUCAAUUACCCACUGAAAGAAUCGGGGCAAGAGUUCUUUUGCCGAGCUGUAAUUCAAGAUAUGAGUUAUACCCAUUUUACAACGAAUCCGUCAUUAGCAGUAGCACACUUCGAUCACCACCACCGACGCCUCCUGCCCGAGAUGGGAAUUCAUCUGUGUUAGUGGUAGCCAUUGUUGUGCCUAUUAUAGUGGCUGUGCUGCUUUUCAUAGCGGGUUAUUGUUUCCUUGCGAAAAGGGCAAAGAGGACUUAUGAGACAACACCUUCAUUUAAUGGGGAUGAUAUAACAACCAUAGAAUCGUUGCAACUUGAUCUCAAAACAAUUCAAGCUGCAACAAAUUAUUAUUCAGAGGAUAAUAAGAUUGGUCGGGGUGGAUUCGGUGAGGUCUACAAGGGAAUAAUUUCAAAUGGGACUGAAGUUGCGGUGAAGAGACUAUCAAAAUCAUCAGAACAAGGUGACACAGAGUUUAAGAACGAGGUGGUUCUUGUUGCAAAGCUUCAGCACAUAAAUCUGGUUAGGCUUCUCGGAUUUUCUAUAGAAGGAGAAGAAAGGAUAUUGGUCUACGAGUAUGUUCCAAACAAAAGCCUUAAUUAUGUCCUCUUCGACCCUGCGGAAAAAGGUCAGCUGGACUGGACUAGACGAUACAAUAUCAUUGGAGGAAUUGCUCGAGGGAUUUUGUAUCUUCAUCAGGAUUCACGACUCACAAUCAUACAUCGUGACUUAAAAGCGAGCAAUGUUCUCUUGGAUGCGGAUAUGAAUCCAAAAAUUGCAGAUUUUGGAAUGGCUAGGAUCUUCGAAUUGGAACAAACCGAUGAAAACACAAAAAGAAUAGUUGGUACCUAUGGUUACAUGGCUCCCGAAUAUGCCAUGCGCGGGCAGUUCUCAAUGAAGUCUGAUGUCUACAGCUUCGGAGUGUUAGUACUUGAGAUUAUAAGUGGUAGGAAGAAUAACAGCUUCCAUGGGACAGAUGAUUCAGACGACUUGGUCACAUAUGCUUGGAGGCUUUGGAAUUAUGGAACAGCGUUAGACCUCGUGGAUCCAAUUAUCAUAGAUAAGUGCCCGAAGAGUGAAGUAGUUCGAUGCAUCCAUAUCGGGCUGUUGUGCGUUUAAGAAGUUCCUGUAGACCGUCCAUCCAUGUCAACCAUAUUAGUGAUGUUCACUAGUAAUACUAUGAAUUUACCAGUGCCUAGGCCACCAGGGUUUUGCAAUCAUACUAGACCCGAAGGGCCGCUUGAAUCAGAUAGAUCUACCACUAGUAAAUCUGUUCCAGUGUCUAUUAACGAUGCAUCAAUCACUAGACUAUAUCCUCGUUGAAUGUGAUCUUAAAAUUCACGCUUUAAUCAAUUGAUGUAUUAAACUCAAAUUUAAAAUUAUAUUUGAAUACUUCAAGAGGUUGGCAAUCCUGUUUACUG